CCCGCUGGUUUUUAGUCAGCUCUUUAAUUUAUCCCCGUGCUUCACACAUCUCACCUCGUUAACUGGCGGGAAAUAUUUGUCGUCUCCCUUUUCCCAAACUUUUCAGAAGAGAGACCUCAUUGCAGAGCUAUUAAACCACUGAAAGAAAAUGGCAGAAAGCUGUGGGCAGGAGCAGACAAGGUGGAUAACGACGGUGAUUAUGAGCACAGCUCUGCAGGAUCAUGAAAUUUCUACAGUUCUGCAGAGGCAGCAACACCGAGUUCGAUAUUCAGAGUCAGUGGAAACUGGAUCUGUGAUUUUUCCUCUUUCUGGCAUUGCAUUUAUUCUGUCAGACACUCAAGACUUGCUCAGGACAGGGGAAGAAGAAUUUUCCACAAGAAUUCAGAAGUUCAUAAACAUCCAUCGGAACAGCUUUUUGGUUUUGUCAGCUGCUCUUCAUGGACCAGAAGAAUGGAGUGUCAUGUUCAGGAUUCAGAGAAGAUUCCUGGGCAGCAAUUUACGGGUAAUACCAGUUCAUAAUCCUGCUGAAACUGUUAAAUUAAUGCUAACUAUGGCUAAGGUAACUUCCAAGCCACAAGCAGAUGAUACUCGUUGCAAAAUAGAAAUGACAAAAGCCCAAAUAAUAGAAAAAAGUCCAGUUUGGAAGAUGCUUCAGGAGUACCAAUCACACUGUAAUUAACUUAAUAUUUGGUUUUUUAUUCAUAAAUAGAGUGGCUACAUUUUAAACAAAAUAUAGAAUGUUCUUAGAAAUAUAGUUACAUUUCAAAAGACUACAUACAACAUAUGCAUUUGGCAUGAAAAUUCAUAUUAAAUAGCUAUACUAUGAAAAAUAGCAUACUUGAUACCAAAUGUGCUUUCUAGAGAGGGAAAAAAGUGGUUUAGCUGCACGAUAGGAAAGUCAUCCUUAUUUUUAACUCGGUUCUGACCUUAGAGGCUCAUCUGUUUAUUAAGAAUUCCCAAAAUAAAUUACUGUAUUUUAAAGAAAGCUGUACAAUUAAAGAUAAGGAUGAUUAAAACAAUUCCAAAAUAGAGGUAUCCCUAAAAACAACAGCUGUAUGUAUGCAACCUUACACUGCUUUUAAACAUAAGUGUUAUCUGUUAUAUUACUAAGUUCUUACAUCUUAUUUGGCCCAAGGUUGUUUUACUUUAAACCUGGUUUCCUUUGCCAGAGUGUUUGUACUAUUCUAUAGUGUUAGCUAUCUGUACCUGACAGUCCUGUCUGCAAAUAGAGAAGCUUGUUUGUCAACAUUAAAAUGUGCUAAUAAAAAUACCUUUUGCUUAAACAGGGCUUUUGAAUUAAUGGUUCUUCAAUCACUUGAUAAAAAUCUUUGUAAUUCACUACUCCAGUCAGCAACUAUUACCCAACAAAUUCCGAAAAUUAAAAAAAAUAAAUGCCUAACCAUACCUCCUUGCCACAGAGAGGAACACACCUGGUUUGUUUUUUUAGUUUCUAAACUUAAGAAAAAGCAUCAAAUUCUGAAGAGGAGUAAACAGACCGUAUCUCCAAAUCA